AUGGCCAGGGGAUCCGGGAUCAAUGCCGUUGGGUCCCAGGGUCGAGGUCGUCGGGAAAGCGGAGGUUGCGCGGGCCAGGGGGCUGGGGGUCCUCAGGGCCGGAGGCCGGCGGUUUCGAGGGCGCGGUGGGGACGCCGUUCGGAGCGGCGGACCUGGGCGUGCUACCGGAGGCGGGCGGGGGGCGGGGAGCGGCUUGGGGAGCCGUUGGGUCCCAGGGUCGAGGUCGUCGGGAAAGCGGAGGUUGUCCGGGGCGAGGGUAGGCGUUGCCACGCUGACGGCCACCCCGGGUAUGGGGUGUCGUCCCCAGGCAGCGGCCAGCAGUCGGUGACCGGCGUGGAGGCGUCCGACGACGCCAACAGCUACUGGCGGAUCCGCGGCGGCACGGAGGGCGGGUGUCCGCGCGGGUCCCCGGUGCGCUGCGGGCAAGCGGUGCGGCUGACGCACGUGCUUACCGGCAAGAACCUGCACACGCACCACUUCCGGUCGCCGCUGUCCAACAACCAGGAGGUGAGCGCCUUUGGGGAGGACGGCGAGGGGGAUGACCUGGACCUGUGGACCGUGCGCUGCUCAGGGCAGCACUGGGAGCGGGAGGCCGCCGUGCGCUUCCAGCACGUGGGCACCUCCGUGUUCCUGUCGGUCACUGGCGAGCAGUACGGGAGCCCGAUCCGGGGGCAGCACGAGGUGCACGGCAUGGCCAGCGCCAGCACCCACAAUAAGUGGAAGGCCAUGGAAGGCAUCUUCAUCAAGCCCAGCCCGGAGGCCCCUGGGGGCCACGAUGAGCUUCGGAGGGCAGCGGGGAGUGUUGUCUGCAGACAACUCUCAGGGGAGACUUUGGGUUUGUAGGGGUUCUCAAGUGCCUUUAUGAUUAAAGAAUGUUGGUCUGUGGUC